AUGAGUUUAAAGGAAAGUCGCAGCUGUCCUAGCCAGGAUAAAGCCUCAAUAGAGCUUUCGAACAAGCAUCCUAGUGCUAGUGUCGGAGAGGCAAACUCAACCUUGACAAUGACCCCGGCCGAAGAGCGAAAACUCGUUCGAAAGAUUGACCUGCAUAUGAUGCCUUUAAUGUUCGUUCUAUACCUCCUUCAGUAUCUUGACAAGACGUCCCUUGGCUACACUGCAAUCAUGGGUAUCCUGCAGGAUGCAAACCUUAGUGGCAAUCAAUACUCCUGGGCAUCUAGCUUCUUUUAUGUGGGAUUCCUCAUUUCUAGUCCCCUUUCUUCAAUUCUCUUGGUCAAAUUCCCAGUGGCCAAAGUCGUCGUCUUGACUGUACUCAUUUGGGCAGGCAUCCAGAUGGUUAUGGCUGCUGGUAAGAGCUUUGCCAGUCUGGCUGUUUUGCGUAUCCUACUCGGUGCUUUUGAGGCUGCUAUUGGCCCAGGCUUUACAAUCAUCACGUCCACUUGGUACAAACCCUCUGAACAUGCCUUGCGUCACGGUCUCUGGUAUGGCGGAGCUAGUGUGGCAUAUAUAAUAGGCGGUAUCAUGGCGUAUGGCAUCUCCCAUAUCGACAGUGCAAUCAAAAGUUGGCAGUUCCUAUUUAUCAUCUUCGGAGCAGCAACCUUUGUUUGGGGCUUGAUUGUUUGGUGGCUUCUACCUACUAGUCCCCAAAGUGCUUGGUUCCUUAACGAACACGAGAAGAAACUAGCUUUUGCAAGAGUACAGGGAGCGAGGCAUUCUACACAAACAGGCAAAUGGAACUAUGCACAGAUGAGGGAAGCCUUCAUAGACCCGAGGUCUUGGUUAUUUUUUCUCCUCUGUGUGUUUUCAACCAUUCCAGGUGGUGGUUUGACUGCCUUUGGAAGCGUUAUCAUAAAGGACUUUGGAUACAGUGUGCUCCAAACUCAACUUCUGUCUAUGUCGGUAGGCGCGUUUCUUCUCUUCUUUGUCAUCCUGACUGUAGCUAUUUCGAUGACACUGAAGAAUGCGCGAUGCCUGUCUAUUGCUAUUCUCAACUUUAUAUCCUUGGCUGGGGUCUUGAUGGUCAAGCUUCUUCCAGUGUCCAACAAGAUAGCCCGUCUUGCAGGCAUCUGGCUGGUUUGCGCACAAGCCAGCGCUUUCCCGACAACUCUCAGUUUGGUUUCCAGUAAUAUCACCGGGCACACAAAGAAAGCUACUGUCAAUGGGAUGCUAUUCGUUGGAUUUUGCGUUGGGUAUAUUAUCGGGCCACUUACGUUUAUUGCACAAGAAACCCCUGGUUAUAAGACGGCAUUCAAUAUCAUGGUAGCCUGUUAUGUCCUUAAUAUUGUUAUUGUUAUGUCCAUGAGACAGAUAAUGGCAAGAUGGAACAAACAAAGGAAUCAGCAGCAUGGAGCUGAGGCUGUGUUGAAUGGACACAUACUUGAACACGCUGGCCAAGACGAUCUUGAUGAGACUGAUUGGGACAACAAAGAGAUCCGCUACUCUUUGUAA